CUUUUGACGUCAAAUGACACCUGUCAAUGCUGUCAUUAAUAACCUUUUUCUACGAAAGAUUAUAAAACUUUUGUUUUUAAACUUAAACAAGGUUCAUUUGGUUCAGUAUUCACCAAUAUCUCUUUAGUAUUUUCUCAAAUACCCACCAUACUUCGAUUUCCAAAUAAGUAAUGGCGGAUUCUAAAUAUGCAGAUUUACCAGGGAUUGCUCAUGAUGAACCUGACGUUUAUGAAACGACUGAUCUUCCGGAGUCGGACCAAGUAGGUGAUUUUUAUUAUGAAAAAGACAGUGAAGUCAUUGAACGGAUUCAUAUUGAACCCGACCAAGCGUUUAACAAAUUUAAAGGGAAAUACCUGAAUCAAAGAAAUGCUGACUUUUCUGAUAGGAUCAGUAAUACAAAUAGAACAGGUUAUGAUGCUAUCUCUGGAAACUGGGAACUCACUGGCGAUGGUCAGAAUGAAUCUCCUAUACAGAAAUAUAAUCGACUUUAUUGCGAGUUGAAUGAAUUGUUGGAAGAUGUCACCAAAAUUCAAUCUACUAAGAGUGAUAAAGGUGAUGAUUUGGUUACUCCGGCACAAAUACAAGAUGCAUUGUCGAAAUUGAAAGCUUUGCAGUUAGAAGAAAGUCUUGGCAGUGAUAUGUUGUCAACAAUGGAUGAUCCUCAAAGAUUUCUUCUGAAGAAAUUGGAAAGCGAACUAGAACAAUUUUCCAAAAUUGCCAAGGAACCACCUCAAGGAGAAGAAAAGACAGAUGAAUCUGGCAUAGUGUAUCAUAUAAAUUAUAAACCUGAAUUAGCUAAACUUAAACAAACCAGUCGAGUAGCACAGUUGGAAGCAAGAGUCCAUCACUUAGAAACAGUACUUGGAGCAUCUAAUGAAAAAUUGAAUAGACUAUCUGCAGGAACCUCUAAAGAUAGUCUCCUAGAGACGGCUCAGCAUCUAGCAGCAGUAGCUACUCUACUAGAUUCGGCACAAUUAGAUCACAUAGAAGGUCGUUUGACAGCACUGAUGCAAAAAUUAGAAGCAAUUCAGGAUAAGACAAAAGAGAUAGAUGAAGAAGAUGAAAGAAAUAAAAUGGUGAACGAGUUGUAUGAUAUGGUUAAAAGUGGUGAGAAUAUUAUCAAGCUAUUACCAAAAACUAUUGAGAGAUUGAAAUCUCUCGAAGGACUCCAUAAUAAAGCUGCAGAAUUGAUGACAACAUUAAUAAAAGUGGAAAGCAUUCAAGGUGAAAUAUCUAGUUCAGUUGUCAAUAACAAGGAAUUACUACAAGGUGUCCAAGAGAGUUUUGCACAUAAUUUGAAUGAAAUAAAUGAAACGAUCCUAAGUCUUGAUAAUAGGAUCAAAGCCUUGAAGGCAAAAAAAUAGAUUAUUUAUACUUACUGUGUGUUACUUGGAUAUAUGAAUAACAUAGGUGUAAUUUUAUGUAUGCUAUUAAUUUAUGUUGAAAAAUAUUAUACUGCUUUAUUUAGUUAAAAUAAAUCCACUUAAGUUUC